UCGGUGUCUGUGAGCGUCUCUCUCUCUCUCUCUCUCUGAGAAAAGGCGGGGAGGAAGGAAAGGAGACAACCGGGGCGGGGAGUGAGGCGGCGGCGGCGGCGUUCCGUGAGGCAAAGGAGAGACGUUGCCGAACAGGAAGCGCUGCCACCAAAACCUCAGAGCCUCUCCGAGUGCCCUGCGCUUGAAGCGAAGGGAGCAAAGUCUGGGCUUCGUGAAGGAGGAGGAUUUGCUCGGCGAGGGGCGGCACCAGAACUGGUUGCCCCGCUUGCCUUUGCUUCACACACCCCGCUUUUUCUUUUUUUGUGGGGAGGGGGAAAUAAAACCACUCCGACAUAUUCACCGGGAACUCCGUUGCCGGGCCGUCACGGGCCCUCCCGUCGUGUCGGUGGCUGCCAGAAACCCGGAGGACGGCCGAGAAGGAUGUCGGGCGGCGGCGGCGGCGGUGUUGGAGGAGGUAGCCGCGAAGAGGAACGGCGCAAGCUGGCCGAUAUCAUCAACCACUGGAACGCGAACCGGCUGGACCUGUUUGAGAUCAGUCCCCCUACUGAGGAUCUGGAAUUCCAUGGAGUUAUGAGGUUUUAUUUUCAAGACAAAGCAGCUGGAAAUUUUGCAACAAAAUGUAUCCGUGUGUCUAGCACUGCCACAACUCAGGAUGUGAUAGAAACACUUGCAGAAAAAUUCCGGCCAGAUAUGCGAAUGUUAUCAUCCCCAAAAUAUUCACUUUAUGAAGUGCACGUCAGUGGAGAAGAAAGAAGAUUGGAUAUAGAUGAGAAACCUCUAGUUGUACAAUUAAAUUGGAACAAAGAUGAUCGUGAAGGAAGAUUUGUGCUUAAGAAUGAAAAUGAUGCACUUCCUCCAAAGAAGGCUCAGAGCAAUGGCCCUGAAAAACAAGAAAAAGAAGGAGUGAUCCAAAACUUCAAGAGGACCCUAUCAAAGAAAGAAAAAAAAGAAAAAAAGAGGCGAGAAAAAGAAGCACAGCAACAAACUUUAGACAAUCAUGGGCCAUUUCAUGGAGAUGAUAUUGAAAACUCACGUCUUGCAGCAGAAGUCUACAAAGAUAUGCCUGAGACCAGUUUCACUCGAACAAUAUCCAACCCAGAAGUGGUAAUGAAACGGCGGAGACAACAGAAGCUAGAAAAAAGAAUGCAAGAAUUUCGGAGUUCUGAUGGCAGGCCAGAUUCAGGUGGAACACUAAGAAUUUAUGCAGAUAGUUUGAAACCAAAUAUACCAUACAAGACAAUCCUACUGUCUACUACAGAUACUGCAGAUUUUGCAGUUAUUGAGGCCCUGGAGAAGUACAGCCUAGAAAAGGAAAAUCCCAAGGAUUAUUGUAUUGCUCGUGUCAUGCUUCCUCCUGGUGCUCAACAUUCUGAUGAUAGCGGUGCUAAAGAAUCUAUCCUUGAUGAUGACGAGUGUCCACUUCAAAUAUUCAGGGAAUGGCCAAGUGAUAAAGGAAUAUUAGUCUUUCAGUUAAAAAGACGGCCACCUGAUUAUGUCCCAAAGAAGCUGAAAAAGCAAGUUGAUGUAAAACUAUUAAAAGGAAAGGAAAGAUCUGGUUAUGGCUCUUCUCUUCCACCUGAGAAACUACCUUACCUGGUUGAACUAAGUCCAGGGAGAAGGAAUCACUUUGCCUACUACAACUAUCCCAAUUAUGAAGGUAAUUCUAUAAUUUAAUACUGCUGUUUCUCACUAAUCACUAAAAUUUUAUUCACAAAAAAAAGCUUCUGUCUAUUUUGAUAACAAAUCUUUUGUUUUCCUUCUUUUAUUGAUAAAUAAUAAAAUAAAAUUGUUUUCUUUCUCAUACCAAAACAUGGUCAGGAAAUAUGACUUUUGAAAGAUUAUGGUUUUCCUAUUUGUCAUUGAUAAUUUCAAUGUAUUGGGGACUUGGGUUAUUAACUUUUUUUAAAAAAAACAAUAAAUAGAAUGUCCACAACCAGUGAUUUCAGUCUUUUGUAUCAUAAAUUUCACCAACAAUGAAUUCUUUACAAAUAUUAAAAAAGCACACAU